AGUAGUGGGCCGGUCGGCGGUCAGGUCGGGUGCGGUAGGGCGCGGCGCGGUGAGGACGUGAGCUGUGUCUGUGUCAGGGUGUCGCCGUGUCAGCGGUGACUCAGUGUCAGUGUCAGUGACAGACAUCGGUGGACUGAGGAGCGCGGUGAACGCUGCGGUGACUGGUUUAGUGAUCUGGUUGGCAGGCGGACGUGUCUGGUCGAGUGAUCGGAUUGUUGAACGGUUGCAGACGGUGAUCGGGUGACCAGUGAUAGGUGAUCCGUUGACUGGUGACACGAGCUGUCAGUGCAGCUGGUGAUUGGUGACUGUGACUCGCCCUGGUGACGGUCUCAGUGCGCGGCCGUGCGCACCACUAACUGCGUCACUGACGGACGGCAGACGCGCCGCACGCACUCCGGUGACCUUCUGGGCCGACCUGCCGGCCGGCAGCAGACAGCACCCGGAGCUGCCCGGUCCGUCUGCGCCGCGUGCCUGUGGCCGCGGAGUUCGAGCCUCAGCCGUCAUAUCCCUCCUGACGACUGGCUGCGGACCGGAGUCGGCUGGGGCGAUACUUACUGUUACCGGACCAUCACCGUCGACAUUAGUAUUCACGCGGAACCCCGGCCGACCGAUACCACAGUGAAAGUACCGGCGUCGUUCGGGCCGCGUCGCCGGCUGUGCGUUCGACACCUGUGACUACAAGUUGUCCUGGUCGGCGUUCGGACGUCAACAUCGUGCCUACAUCACCGAACUAGUCGCGAUCCACGCGAAACAUUCGUGACGGCCAAAUCGUGACUGUGAUCGCUGUGCGAGAUUGCCCAGGACCGGUGGUGUGCUGUCUCUGGCCCAAUCUGUGAGAUCAGUGCUUCGUCCGUGUGAGCGUCGGUGACUGGUCGGCGGCACCUUCUGCGCCCGCUGAUUGCCCACGGCGCCCAGUACUCGCUCUGAUUGACGCGGUGCGCGGCGUCCGGGACCGGGGCGCGGCGCGUGUCGGUACCCGGUCCUGCCUCUGACGUCAGCGGUCAUGGCAGUGGUAACGGCGCAGCAAGCGUCACCUGAGUGCGGCGAGGCUGGCGCAGCGGCGGCGGCGCCGCACCGCUGACCGAGUGAGCCGACAGCUGGUGGCCGAGCUGCGCCAGCCGUGUGGUGGGCGGGCUGCGCCAGCGCCGGUCAGAUGGAGCCGCAGGCCGAGCGCGAGCGGCCGCCGCCGGUCUCCGCCGCCGGCCGCUCCGAGCUGGAGCUACCGGCACCGGCCCGACAGGAGCAGGAGUCAUUCAUAGACGAAACGGAGACGGAGACGGAGUCUGGAACGGACACGGAAGGCAGUGAGUCAGAGACUGAGGCCGAAAUGGAGGGGCGUGGCUCGCGCGGGAGCGGCAGCCAACACUCGGGAGCGUCUGAUCAGGAGGCCGAGAACGAGGAGCGUGAUCAGCACGCCUCUGAUGAAGAGGAGGAAGAGGAAGACGAGGAAGAAGAGGAGUGUGGGGACUGUGAGGAGGACGACUGUGAACAGUGUGAGGGCGCCGUGGGGGGACAUUUCUCGGACGCUGAGGAGAUGGCGCCGGAGCGGUCGGCGGCGGCCGGUGCCGGUGAGGACGAUGAGGAGGCCGUGCUGCGCGAGCUGGCGCGCUCCUCGGCGCCGGCGCCGGCCACGCCCGGCCUGGACUCGCUGCGCAGCGAGUCGGGCAUCUGCUCGUCGCUCGAGUCCAGCUAUCAGGAGGAGGCGGUGGGCGCGGCCGGGGCAGCUGCUCAGAGCGACGACCAGCUGGCGCGGCUGCGGCGCGACCUGGCGCGCGAGGCCCGCCAGGAACUGCGGCACGCCAUCGCCGCCAAAAACGAGGAGCUGCGGGAGCUGCGCAGCCAGCUGCAGCUGGGCCGGCAGCGGGCGGCCAGCGCCGAGCUGCUGGGACAGCGGCGGCCGGGAGAGCUGCCUCAGCAGCAGCAGCAGCUCAGCCGGCUCCGAGAGCGCAUCAAACGGCUGCAGACCGAACGCGAGGAGCUCAAGGCUGAGGCGCAGCUGUCUCGGAUCCGCGAGAAGCAGCGCUCUGCCGAGCUGCGCCGGCUGCGGCAGCAGCAGCAGCGCCAGCUGCGCCAGCUGAUGGAAGAGUCCGGUCGGGAGAGCGUCCGCGAGACCCGCGAGCUGCGCCGGCUGCAGGAGCAGAUCGAGCGCAAGGACCAGGAGCUGUCCGAGCGGGAGAAGCAGAUCGAGCACCUCGAGUGUCAGAAGUGCUACCUGGGGGAGGAGAUCCUGCGCAUCACCGGAGUGGAGGAGGGCUUCUGGAGCGACGAGGUGCUGAAAAGCUCUCGAGUCACUGAUCGUGAGAGGGAGCUCCUGCGACGAUCAUCUCAGCUCGACACCCAGGUCAAGAAGCUGCAGAUACAAUGUAAAAACCUCAAACUAGACAACAAUGGCCUGAAGACCGCCAUGGAUGCCGAGCUGGAGAAACCGCUGGCGAUCCGCGUGAAGGCCGCCGAGAGACUGCGAGAGACACAGCUGCUCAAAAAGAAGAACCAGGAACUCACAAACAUGACGCGCAAACUGGAGGAGAAAGUCAAAACUCUGGAGAAGAAGUCGCGGGAGGUGUCACAGCAGCAGCAGGAGCGGUCUCGGACGCGUAUCGUUCGGCAGCUGCCGCAGACGCGGGCCGUGCCACCCGAGAUCCAGCAGAGAAUGGCGCCCAGUCUGCAGCAGAAGACGACUACCGUGCAAAAACGGACAGUUAGUGCGCCACAGCGGACAGUGAGUGCCGGACAGCGGACAGUGAGUGCCGGGCAGCGGACAGUGCGGACAGUGAGUGCCUCUCCGCAGCGCUCUUUGAACGGUGAGCAGAACGGCAGUAGUGUGAGCAGCAGCAGUGAGAGGCUGUCGCAGCGCGAGCGGCCCGGCCUGCAGCAGCGCACCACACUCACUGCCAAACAGCGCGAGCGAGAGUCCGAGUACCAGCGCCAGAUCAAAGAGCGAGACUCUGAGAUCAAACGGCUUAAGGAGCGCAUGAAGAUCAUCAGCGACAAACUUUCCAAGAAGAAUGAACUGCAGAUAUUAAAGGAAAAAGGAAAGAAGGAGCUUGUCAGCGUUAUCACGCAGCUGCAGAGGGAAAAGGCCAAGCUGGAGAUGCAAAUGAACGCGCUGGCAGAGGAGCAGCGCAACCAGCGAGCCUCUGACGUCGACAGAUUCCAGGCUCUCGAAGAGCAGAACAUCACCCUCUCCGCGCAGCUGAACGAGCUCAACAAACUAGUCCAGGAUCACAAGGAGAUUCAAACACAGUUCGAGGAGAAAAUCGAGGAAUGUGAGCAGCUGGCAGAAAGUUUGCACAUCAAGAAUGAAUUAUGCGAUGACCUGGAAAAGCAGCUAACAAGAGUGAUUGAGAAAAACACCGAAUUGACAAUACAAAAUAGUGAUCUUCAGCGACAAAUUCAUGAACUAGAUAGUAUAAGCUCACAAUGUGCAUCGCUCAAAGAGAGUCUCAACAGCGUCGGAACAGAAUAUGAGUCGGCCAAGUUUGAGGUAGAAACCCUGAAGGAAAAAGUUUCAACCCUGGAGUCCGUACUAAGGCAAAUGCGCGAUGCUGCUGAGCGCAAGAAGGAGCUUGAAAAGCAGCACCAGGAGGCUCAGCAGCAGCUGCGGCAGAAGCAGGAGGAGAUCGCCACGCUCACCAAGGCGUCCGAGAGCGAGAAGCAGGCCUCGCUAGACACCAUUCAGACGCUGGAGAGCAAGAUCCGGGAGCUGGAGAAAAAGGCGGAGGUUCAGAGUCUGCGCCAUGAAGAACUCAUGCUGGAAAUGUCAUCGCUCAAAAAGCAGAACAAAUACAAAAACUCUCAGGACGGCAGCCCAGACGGAACCAUCACUCCAGACUCGAUGCUGCUGUCCACGGAGAGCACUGCCCGCUCCACGCCGGUGGGCACGGCCAUCACGCCCGCCAGCCUGGACGCCCUGCCGGAGGUGGACGAGUCGCCAUUCUGGACGCGGCGAGUCACAGACAUUCAACUCCCGGCCCGCUCAGUGUCGGGACCGAGCUCAGCCAGCCUCGAGCUGGACAAAUUCCGCGCACAAAUGGAGAGCGAUACCAAGUUUUUGGCCGAGUUAGACAGGGCCCGGUCGGCGCUAGGGCUGGCGGCCUCUCUGGCGAGCAGCGGCGCGCCGGCGGCCGUUCCGCAGCCAGUGUACUUGACCUCAGCGCUGCCGACGCUGCCGGCCGGGCUGACCCAGCUGGGCGCCGACCAGCUGCUGCCCACCAACCCGUUCUCUGCCGGCUACCCGGCGGCCGGCGGCGCCCUGCUGCCGCCCGGCUACAGCCUGGACCCGGCGCUGCGCGUGGUGCCCGUGGCCGGCACGCUGCCGGCGGCGCUGCCCGGUCAGGUGGCCACCGUGCAGGCCAUCCCGGCGGGACUCUACCGCGACGACAAGGCCGGGCUGAUGAACGGCACCGUACCGGGCCUCCUGCCGGCCAACAUGGCGCACCACCUCAACACGACGCACGCGCCGGGCGUGGUAGACGUGCUGGACAUCCCCGGCAAGGGAAAGUGCCAGGUCUUCAUCGCCAGGUACUCGUACGACCCGUUCCAGCACUCGCCGAACGAGGCGCCCGAGUCGGAGCUGCGUCUGAACGCCGGCGACUACGUGCUCGUCUGGGGCGAGGUGGACGAGGACGGUUUCCUGGACGGCGAGACGCUGGACGGCCGGCGCGGCCUGGUGCCCUCCAACUUCGUCCAGAAACUGGUCGGCGAGGACCUGCUCGAGUUCCACCGGCAGGUGGUGGCCGGCCUGCGCGACUGCGACCGCACCUCCGUCUCCACCUGCGUGCCGCACGACCUCGACUUCAACUCGGCCGACGAGGCGCUCCUCAACAACAUGGACGAGUACGCGGCGGGGCGGCCGGUCCAGGACGGGUACGGGCCGCCGGCGCAGUACCCGGCCCAGUACCGGUACGAGGGCUCGCUGCUCAGUGAUGACGAGGAGGAGGAGCACCUGGGCGGAGGUCCCGGCGGGCAGGGCACAGACGUGUUCUUCUCGGUACUAGUGCCGCCGCCGCGUCAGCUGACGCUCGAGCGCCAGCUCAACAAGUCGGUGGUGAUCGGCUGGAACGCGCCCGACGCGCCGCCGGGCACCGUCGACUGCUACCACGUGUACGUGGACGGCCUGCUGAGGACGAGCGUGCGCGCCUCGGAGCGCACCUGUGCCCUCAUCGAGGGAGUCGACUCGAGCCGGCCGCACCGUAUCAGCGUGCGCGCCGUGACGCCGAACCGGCGCACCUCGCGAGACGCCGCGUGUACCAUGCUGAUCGGCAAGGACGUGCCGCUGGCGCCGACGGCCGUGCGCGCCACUAACGUCACGUCCACGUCGGCCGUGAUCAGCUGGCUGCCGAGCAACAGCAACUUCCAGCACACGGUGUGCGUCAACAGCGUGGAGGUGCGCACCGUCAAACCGGGCGUCUACCGGCACACCAUCACAGGCAUAUCUCCGAAUACGACAUAUCGUGUGAGUGUGAAAGUGAAGAACAUCACGGCACCUCAGUUCGCCAGUCGCACGCCGAAGCAGCUGGAGCGGCUGGCCACGCACAUCGAAUUCCGCACUCUGCCGAAAGGCUGGAAAGGGGUGCCCGACCCGCCGGUGGACGUCCAGUGCGAGCUGGGCCCGCAGGAGGGCAGUCUGCUGGUCACCUGGCUUCCCGUGACCAUCAACUCCACGUCGGGUACCAGCAACGGCGCGCCCGUCACCGGCUACGCCGUCUACGCCGACGGCAAGAAGGUCACCGAGCUCGGCUCACCUACAGGUGACCACGCGCUGAUCGAGCUGAACAGUAUCGCUGGCUUCCACCCCCGCCAGGUCACCGUUCGCACCAAGUCGCGUGACCUGGUGUCGGCCGACUCAGUGCCCUGUCCGAUCCCGCAGCGGGCUCAGCGCAAGAGCGGUUCGGAGCCGGGCACCGACCCGGCGGACGGCGGAGGCGGCGACCCGGGCCAGCCGCCGCCGGCGCCGCCCGACCCCGAGCUGUACAACAUCCUGGCCAACACGGCCGAGGCGCUGCCGCCGCCGCCGCCCGCCUACUCCAGCCAGUUCGCCGAGUAUGAAACUGACGAGCUCUCCGACAUACCUGAGGAGGCCGAAAACGAGCUCUCCGACUCGGACCAGCAGUCGGAGUCGGGGCGGAUGAAGUCGCAGCACGACCAGGCCGGCUCGGCGCACUCGUCACCGCUGGCCGGCCGGCGGCGGAUGCCGGCCGCCGGACCGUCACGCGGCCACCCGCACCAGCAGCAGGUGCUAGUCACUGAGGAGAACCUCAGCGACAAGGAGGUCUACCCCAGCGGCUACAUGUCGAUCCCGCAGAUCGAAAUCACCAAGGACUCGGCGAGCGAGGGCCGCGGCUCUGUGGACGCAAGCGAGGAGGACUGCGACCACCGGGGCCUGCGGGGUCGCCGGCGGGGCCCGGGCGAGCGCGGCCGGCCGCCACCGCCGCCGCCGCACGACCCGCGGCAGCAGCGCCACCGGCCGCCGCCCGCCGACCCCUACCGCGACAAUAACUACGCCGGCGGCAAUCACCGGAACGACGCCCAGAGCGGAGCGCCUCCGCCGCCGCGCCGCGCCGCCGGGCCGCGCGAGGAGCGUAUGCGCAUCUUCGUGGCUCUGUUCGACUACGAUCCGCCGACCAUGUCGCCCAAUCCGGACGCCUGCGACGAGGAGCUGCCGUUCCGAGAAGGGCAGCUCAUCAAGAUAUACGGCGACAAGGACGGUGACGGUUUUUACUGGGGCGAGGCGUCCGGCCGGGCGGGCUACGUGCCCUGUAACAUGGUGUCGGAGGUGCAGGUGGACGACGAGCGGCUGGCGCAGGAGCUCCUCAAGGAGGAGGACCGGCCGACCGCUCGGGGUCGUUCGGGCGGCGGGGGCGGCGGCGGCGGCGGAGGUCGGCCCCGCAGCGGCCAGGAGGACCGCUGGGGCGACAUCUACUCGAGCACGCCCGUAAGGCGCAUGGUGGCGCUCUAUGACUACGACCCGCAGGAGCUGUCCCCCAACGUGGACGCCGAGGUGGAGCUGUCUUUCAAUACCGGUGAUAUUAUCCACGUAUACGGCGAUAUGGACGACGAUGGCUUCUAUAUCGGGGAGGUGAAUGGAGUGCGAGGCCUUGUGCCCUCCAACUUCCUCACCGAGACGCCGCAGAACUACGACCGGCGCCGGGGCGGCCCCGAGGGCCCGUCGUCCUCGGAGCGGCGCGGUCCGCCGGGACCGGGCGUGCACGGUCCUCCCCUGCCGCCGCGGGACAAGGGCGACAGUCGCGACCGACGGAAAGGCUUAGGUGGUCUGUUGGGGUUUGUGGUGAGUACCCGGCGCUGCCACCAGGGCGGCGCCACUGCAGCGGCGGCGGCGCGGUGACGGCGAUGGUGCCCGGUCACCCGGCUUUGCCGUCCGUCACCGCGCGGCGCCGGGCCGCCACUCUAAUACAUAGAGAGAAUGUGGCCUGCGCUGAGACACGAGACUGGCGGCGUGCGAGCGAGCCCGGCGGGCGUCGGCUGCCGAUAGUCACAGAGAGACGGCGAUAGCGAGCCUGCUGGCUGCUGUACAUAGACGCCGCUCUGUCCUGGACGCUCCCCAGAUGACGAUCUGUCAGCUGUCGCAUGGGAGAGCUCGGCAACGUCCGCAGCUCGGCCCAUCGAAGUUCGGAUGGUUUGUGGAUAUAAUAGUGCGUUGGUUUUUAAAAUCAAUCAAAGUAAUCAAUCAAUCAAAGUACUACUUAACCCCGGUGUGGCUUACAUAAGAUGUGCUGCUGGGAGCGUCCUGCACGGAGCGGCUGGAACAAAACUAGAGGCCGAUACGAGUAGGAUGUAGAGAUAGCCAAGCGCUGGGGUCCGCGCGAAUAGCAACGGUUAGUGACCAAACAAUAGUGACUAGUGAAUGCCUCAGUUAGCUGCUCUGCACUCGCGGGUUGCACCGGGCCCGGGGGGGGGGGGGGCGUUCUCUCCAGACUGUCCCUCCACUGCAACUGACGGAUGGCUGGGGCGCCCUGUGACCGACUCAUGCAGCAUGCCCUGCGGGGGAGCGCUCCGCGCCGACCGACACUGGCCGCGGCGCCGCUCGGCCGCACUGCACAGGCCGCCCGCGCGCCGGUGCCGAUUUUUGAGCGGUCGCUGCCCCGGCGAGCGCUGCGCAUGUGGCGCGGCCCGUAGCCUGUAGACGCCCGCGGCACACGGCUAGCACGAGCUCUGUGUCGUGUCGGUAGUGUCGUGUCAAUGUUCGUGUGCAGCAUGGCCCGGCGAGUGCGGGCACACCCGAGGUGCGCUGCACUCGGGGCAUCACAGAAAUGGACUCUCAAAAAUGGACUCUCAGAGCGGAAAUGAUGAAUGAUCAAUGAUAAUCGAUGUUUGUGUACCUGCUAACUUGGAAAUCGUGUCCAUGGUUAAAGUUUAUGGAUACCUUACGCCGAACCUCCUGGAAAUGAAAGCAAUCCUAUUAAUAUUGAAGCAGGAUGGCCACCAUAACCGACAAGUCACGCCGUGUUUCUCCCGUGUGAUGGUUAUCUCCUGCAGCCCCUGUGCCGGC